AUGACUCGUACCGAGUCUGGACUCAGUGUAUCCGGAAAACAAAAACAAGAAAAGGGCUCCAAAACGCCUCCCUUUCUUCCACUCCCACAUACACAAACUAGACCAGAUGCACGCGAUUUUGAUGGAGCAGAUUCUGUUUUUAGUGAAUGUUAUAGUGAUAGUGAUGAUCCACCUGAUUCAAGCCAGCUUAGCCCCUUGGCAUCUGAUUAUGAUACCGGGAGCCGAAGAACCGCAGGCAGCCCUUCCAAUAUGAUUGUUAAGGAUCAGUUGCCUGUGACUAAAAGGGAGGUCCCCUCUCAUGGUGCGUUCUUCUGUGCUCUGGAUUCUUCCAUAUCAAGUCCUUCUAGAAGCCCCUUACGUGGAUUUGGAACAGAGCAAGCUAUAAAUCCAGCUUUCUACACCUCAAAACCUAAUCCAAAUUUCCCUUUUCUUGGAUCUGGAUCGGGUCACUGUUCUAGCCCUGGUUCGGGUCAAAACUCGGGUUAUAAUUCAAUGGGAGGUGACAUGGCAGGGUUGUUUUGGCAAUCAAGUAAAGGUAGCCCAGAGUGUUCUCCACUUCCAAGUCCUAGCUCUAGAAUCCAUAGUGGGGCAGUGACACCACUUCAUCCAAGGGCAGGGGGAGGGGAAAAUCGGACUAAAAUAAUAAAUAUAACAACAUUAUCACCUUCUUGA